AUGCCGGAGAAGCGGCUCACCGCCGAGCCACCAACUAUUACAGAAGCAGAAUUUGAAGAUUCUUUGGCAACAGAUAGUUUCCUUGUGGACUACUUUAAUGAAUUUCUAAGUCUUCCAACCUUUUCAGAGGCAAUUAGAUUUAAUGUGGAUUAUGGAGUUUUUGAAGUAGUUAACAAUGCUCCACAACUUCUGGAAAAGCAACUGAAAAAAAUUCUGCAAAACCAGCAACCUCGAAAUCCCAUCUAUGAUGUUGUAAGGAAAGGAAAGAAUCAUGUUAAACCUGUUCAAAUGAAUGCCCCCUAUGAAGAUGAGACUAUUAAUGUCAACUACAAUAUUAUGUGUCUCAGUCGUGAAGAGGGUAUUCAGUGGAUCAAAAAAGAAAGACUGCCAGCAUUUCUGGAAAGUGAUUGCUAUUUUGAAUACAGGUUAGCCAAAUUGGUGUCACAAGUGAGUUGGAGUAGAUCAGGCAUGAAUGUCACUCUAGAUACAGAUAUUUCUCCCUGGGUCCAGAGAAAAUCAGCCACUCCACCACCUCCUCCCACUGAAGAUGACAAUGUUAUCAUUAUGAAAAAGUUCUACAUUUCUCUUGGCAAGGCCUCGCAUACUCAAAUAAAAGAUUGGUAUGCAUUAGCAAAACAGAGUCAGCAAACAGUAUCAACCUUUUCAUUACCAUCUGGUGUACUCCACAGUGGAAUUGAAGCACCAGUUACUUCAUCUGAUUCUGAGAGUUUUAUCUUUGAUGAUGGAGUUCACCCCAGAAUGAAAAGGCGCCCAUCUAAAACCCCUAGAUUAAUUUCUGAGGUUGAAGAAGAAGAAGAAGAAGACGGGUCUGUAUCUCUACAAGACACGCCUUCCCAAGCUCUUCUGAGAAAAUACCUUGAAAAGCAACUGGAUGUUGGUGAAAGCCUGAUAGUGCAUUUCUCAACCUGUGAAGACUUUUUAAGAUCUUACGUAGCCUUUAUUUUGAAAACAGCAGUUUAUCAAAUUCUUGGAGAGUCAUUUAUAGACUGCCCGGGUUAUAUAAAUUUCAAAAAUGUCACAGAGGUGGUAGUUGAUGAGCAUCCUGAGCUUCCUUCUGGCGAGAAUGUUCUGUUAAGUGAAGCAAUUCAACCCACAAAGGAGAAGGCAGAAGUGAUGUUAGAAGAAACAAGUUCAGAGAGUGAGAGCAUUGGAUCAGAAGGCAGGGCUGAUUGGUGCUUUUCUUACAAAACUUACCACAUUGACAAUAGAAAGGAGUUUGAAAGAUUUAAGGAAUUUAUAAAAGGUACAUUAGGGGAGAGAUAUUGGUGGCUAUGGAUGGAUAUUGAGAGGUUAAAAGUUCUCAAGGAUGCUGGAAGACAUCAAAGACAUCUUGAGAAGAUGAAAAAGUGCUAUCUGGUGAGCAGUGGUGAUUGCUACCUUUCUGCAGAAAUCUUAACAAAAUUUAAACUACUAGAUGGAUCUCAGUGGAAUGAAGAACACUUAAGAAAUAUUCAGACCGAGGUGGUAAAACCCUUACUUCUGUAUUGGGCACCAAGAUUCUGUGUUACCCAUUCGUGCUCAGCAAAAUAUGCUAGUGCUGAACUGAAACUGUGGCACCUCCGUCAAGAGAGGCCAAGGAAGGACGUUGACCCCUUUCCACAAAUAGCAACCCUUUUGCCAUUAAGACCUAAAUCUUGCAUUCCACAGAUAUCUGAUAUACAGAAAGAAGAAUCCAGCUUCCUACAACCUUGUAAGUCUCCCAAGAAACCAACUACAGCAAAUCAAAACCCUGGGAAGAGUGAGACUUGGUAUUCAGUUUCUUGGGAGGACGACAGGAUUGAGAAAGGGUCAAGAUACAUGAGAGACAGCAAUGAAGUUAUUCAUUUAACAUCUUUCACUGACAUUUCUGAAUGUCUGAAGCCCCAGCUGGAUAGAAGAUAUACUUAUACAGAAGAACCUUUGGUUAAAACCAUGGCAGCUGGUGCUUUGGGAGGAUUUGACAUGGAAAAUUUGUUGCAGUCUUUGUAUGUAGAAAAUAGAGCUGGAUUCUUCUUUACUAAAUUCUGUGAGCAUUCAGGGAACAAGUUGUGGAAGAACAGUGUGUACUUCUGGUUUGACCUACAGGCUUAUCAUCAGCUUUUCUACCAAGAAACACUUCACCCUUAUAAAGUAUGCAAGCAAGCCCAAUAUCUUUUUGCCACAUAUGUUGCUCCUUCGGCCACUCUUGACAUUGGACUCCAACAGGAAAAGAAAAGAGAAAUUUAUAUGAAGAUACAGCCACCAUUUGAAGACCUUUUUGACACAGCAGAAGAAUAUAUUCUUCUCCUCCUACUUGAGCCCUGGACAAUGAUGGUAAAAUCAGACCAAGUUGCUUAUAGACAGGUGGAGUUGGUAGAGGAAACUCGACAGCUAGACUCUACAUACUUCAGAAAGCUACAGGCUUUGCAUAAAGAGACGUUUUCCAAGAAAGCUGAGGACACGACUUGUGAAAUUGGAACUGGUAUUUCCCAACGUCCUGAUAUCUCUAAACAAACGCAAUACUGGAAUAAUGUUCCUGCAGAAUAUAGGCAUUUUAAUUUUAAUGAUCUGCUUAACAACAAACUGGAGUUUGAACAUUUCCGUCAGUUUCUCGAGGCUCAUUCGUCAAGCAUGGACCUUAUGUGCUGGACAGACAUUGAGCAGUUCCGAAGAAUAACUUACAGAGAUCAAAAGCAAAGGGAGGCAAAAUCUAUAUAUAUUAAAAACAAAUAUCUUAAUAAAAAAUAUUUCUUUGGACCUAACAGCCCCGCUUCUCUACGUCAGCAGGAUCAGAUAAUGAAUUUAAGUGGUGGCUGGGGAAAGCUUCUCCAUGAGCAGCUUGAUGGACCUGUUCUACUUGAAAUUCAGAAGCAUGUCCUAAAUAGGCUAGAAAACGUGUGGUUGCCAUUGUUUCUUGCAAGUGAACAGUUUGCAACACGUCAAAAGAUAAAGGUACAGUUGAGAGACAUAACUGAAGAACUCUUACUACAGAGGCACAAAAGGAAAAUUGGGGUCUGGAAGCCUGUGGAGAGUAAGUGGAUAUCUUCAUCUUGUGAAAUCAUUGCUUUUCGUAAAGCAUUAUUGAAUCCAGUUACAGCAAGACAAUUUCAACGGUUUGUGGCUCUAAAAGGAGAUUUAUUGGAAAAUGGGGUGCUGUUUUGGCAAGAAGUACAAAAAUAUAAGGACUUGUGCCACUCUCAUUGUGAUGAGUCCAUCAUCCACAAGAAGAUCAUGACUAUUAUCAACUGUUUUAUCAAUUCUAGUAUUCCACCAGCUUUACAAAUUGACAUUCCAUUAGAGCAAGCCCAGAAGAUUAUUGAACACAGGAAGGAGUUAGGACCAUAUGUAUUCAGAGAGGCGCAGAUGACAAUUUUUGGGGUUCUGUUUAAAUUUUGGCCUCAGUUUUGUGAGUUUAGGAAGAACUUAACUGAUGAAAAAAUUAUGAGUGCUUUAGAGAGAAGAAAAGAAUAUAAUAAGCAGAGAAAGAAAUCAGCGAUCACAGAAGAUGAAAAAUUUGCAAAGGAUGGAAUCAAACAAUAUGCAAGUACUUCAGGAAAUGGUGUCAAAACAGGUGCUUUAGUCAGCGACUCAGAUUUAGGCUUGCAAGCAUAUGGCCGACAGCCAACCUGGUGCUACUCAAAGUACAUAGAAGCCUUAGAACAGGAAAGGAUUCUUCUUAAAGUUCAAGAAGAACUGGAAAAGAAGUUGUUUGCAGGCAUACCAUCUUCUAUAAAUAUUAAGCCCACUGUUUCAGCUAUGUCUUUGAAAAAGAACUUAUCUUCCCACAACAUCCAGAGUGAGUUUCCAGUGAUAAUCUAUCAGUUUACCUCGGUUCCUUCUCCCGUUUUGUUAGAGUUUGGCCCUUGCCCUGGCCGACCUGAGUGUAGGGGGCAGGAGGAGAUGGGGACUGACCCCUUCCUAACUGAUCUGACCCCUCGAGUUGGGAGAAAUUCUAAGUGCGUGUGUGUCCCGCCUCUCACUGUUUUCUCUGCUGAGGAGGAGCAACAUACACCUCACCCUUCGCCCCCUUCCCAGAGUGACAGCGCUCACGCGAAUGUGUGCCCUGCUGCUGACCGGUGGAGAGUAACUCACAGGCUGCGGGCUGGCCGGCCCCAUCCAUGCCUGCCACACACUCAUGGACUUCCGCAGCUGGACACAUCUUACCUUUUAAUUCCUCACAAUCCUCAGUUUUCCGAUUCUUGGGAUGGUUUCGUGGGGUCUUUAUGUUCUGAGCCUGCUCAUUUUUUGCGGGCUCUGGUUUCUCCUAGACGCCGCACCCCUCUCCCCACUUCCCGGCCCCUUAGACCUCCCUCACAGCGCCCUCCACGUUUAGAGGGCGUUCACACGGCUGUUACUUUUUUUCAUCCUUACUACAAACCUCUGUCCCUGGGCUCACUCCUUGAGAGUCUAAUUCAGCAGUCGUUUGGUAGGACCCAGGAAUUUCCCUCCGGAAGAGGCAUCCUAGGUGAUCCUGAUUCUGAUUCCAAGUCUGAUUCAGGCAUUCAGGUCACUCUUUGUGAUAAACAGGGUAGCAAGGGAAGAGCCUUAGAAGAGUGGCAUAAUGUCGUAGGUGUCCGGUACGGUCCAGUGGCACAGCCUCCUCAUUCACCAGAGCCAGGCACUCCAGGCGAGCUUCCUGUCCCCCGUGGGCUGUAUACACCACCUUAUGGCAGUUGA